UACACAACUUUUAAAAUCCACAAAGACCCUGAGAGCUAUUACUCGUUUAUUUUCAAUGACAUCAUGGGCUUUGAGCAAAAGACUAACAAGGGAGUGAGCGUGGAGGACGUUGUACUGGCCCUGAGGGGACAUGUGAUGGAGGGUUACAAGUUCCUUCCUGAAAGCCCAUUGCAGGACAGUGAUCAAGGUUACAAGUCAUCACCCACUCUGGCUGACAGAGUUCACGUUCUGGUUUGUGUCAUUCCUGCUGGAUUGGUACCUUUAAUAAGUAAAGAAGUUGUGCAGAAGAUGAGAAAUGUCAGACUAGCAGCCAGUGAAAUGGGGAUACCCCAACUGGCUAUUCUCACCAAAAUUGAUGAAAGCUGUCCAAAGGUAAAAAAAGAUGUCAUCAAAGGCUAUAAAAGCAAGUACUUAAAUGAACAGGUCGACAAAUUCAGCAUGUUGCUGGGCAUACCACCAAACUGCAUCUUUCUUGCUAAGAACUACAAUUCAGAAGUCGGCCUGAAUGAUGGCAUUGAUACGCUGACAUUGGGCGCGCUGAGACAGAUCAUUAACUAUGGAGAAGACUUUCUCAACAACCUGUAGACCUGGUUACUGCUGACACAAACCUUGCACAAUCAAGACAUGAAAAAAUGGUUUUAUUGAAAAAAAUUAAUGUGCACACAUCUCAUAAUUGUCUGGCAGUUCAUAUUCUAAAUGUAUACGGUAACCCACAUAUUUUUCAUGAACUUUGUUACAGGCUCAGUCGAAAC